UUAUAAUACAAUAAACAUUAAAUGACAAUUCAAUUAUUAACUUCAUUUUACAAUUCCAUUCGGCUAUUUCGACUAAAAUAGAAAGAAAACUCCAUAGAUUUGAAAAAUGGGGCGCAUGUCUGGCAUUAAAUGGGAAAAAGCAACUCAAUGUAGACCAGUGCAUAAUAUUAUUUCAUCAGAUUUUCCUAAAUAUAAUCCACAACCUUGGAAGUUUAUGGAAGGAAAGUCUCGUAUCCAAUGGCUUUUGUCAUAUGAAUAUCAAAGAAUGUGGUUCGAAGAGAGGGAAGCUUGGAAGAAGCGCAUGUAUCCCGAAAAUACUACUGUAAAUGUAGAUAUAGUGAAGAGUUACGUAUUGACAUUCAAAACUAAUCAUCAGCCAACAAAGCCGGAACAAAAGAAGCCGUUUAAAAUGAAAAAAUUUGAAGGAGUGGGCAGUAAGACGGUUAAUAAACGUGCUCCUGACGACAAAGCUAUGCAAUUCGAAAAGAAAGAUUCAUAAAAAAUAUAUAUAUAUAUCUAAUAUUUUCUUUUUAUAAGAGUAUAAAUUUGAUAUUUUUUCUUAUUUGAAAUCUUGUUUUAAAAAUAAAGCAUAUUCAAUUA